ACCAGAAGCCGUUGACCAGCUCCAAAAUCUCAUCGUCUCGUCAUAAACCGAUGGAGAGCAGACAAGCGAGUAACUCGAAGAUCCAUGUCUUUUUAUUGGCUGGUCUGAUUCUAUUGAGCUCGAUCGAUCGAAUCUCGUCUCUCUCGGUGACCGUGAACGACGACGAAUGCGUCCAAGAGUACGUCCUUUACGAAGGAGACACUGUCUCCGGAAACUUCGUCGUCGUCGACCAUGAUAUCUUCUGGGGAUCAGAUCAUCCUGGUUUGGAUUUCACGGUGACAUCUCCUGCUGGGAACAUUGUACAGACAUUGAAAGGAACAUCUGGAGAUAAGUUUGAGUUUAAGGCACCAAGAAGUGGAAUGUAUAAAUUUUGUUUCCACAACCCUUACUCUACUCCUGAAACUGUCUCUUUCUACAUUCACGUUGGUCACAUUCCAAACGAGCAUGACUUAGCCAAAGACGAACAUUUGGACCCGGUUAAUGUCAAGAUCGCUGAGCUUAGAGAGGCUUUGGAAUCUGUUGUUGCUGAGCAGAAGUAUUUGAAAGCACGUGAUACUCGUCACCGUCAUACUAAUGAGAGCACGAGAAAGCGAGUGAUAUUCUACACAGUAGGAGAGUACAUUUUCCUUGCAGCAGCAAGUGGUCUUCAGGUUCUUUACAUCCGUAAGCUCUUCAGCAAGUCGGUUGCAUACAACAGGAUAAGUUGCCCAUUCAACGAUCGUAAAAGUCACUUUCUCUCUACUUUCUUGAUCUCUCGCUCUGUUUCACUGAUUGUGAUCGAGAAGAAAGAACAAAAAAUGUUGGCGAUUUUCGACAAAAACGUGGCCAAGAGCCCUGAGGCUCUACAGAAUCCGGAAGGUGGAUCGGUUUGUGCUCUUAAAGAUGGGUUCUUGCCGAACCACUUCGCCUCCAUUUAUCCUGGUGCUGUCACCAUCAAUCUCGGAUCUUCUGGUCUCAUCGCUUGCUCCCUCGAUAAGCAGAACCCUCUUCUUCCCAGAUUGUUUGCAGUGACGGAUGAUAUGUUCUGUAUCUUCCAAGGACAUAUAGAGAACAUUCAAUUCUUAAAGCAACAAUACGGACUAACAAAAACAUCAACAGAGGUGACCAUUGUGAUCGAAGCAUACAGAACACUAAGAGAUCGUGGUCCAUACUCUGCAGACCAAGUCGUCAGAGACUUCCACGGCAAGUUCGCGUUCAUGCUCUUUGACUGCUCCACUAAAAACGUCUUCCUUGCUGUGGACGCAGAAGGAAGUGUUCCUCUCUUUUGGGGAACAGAUGCUGAAGGUCAUCUCGUUCUUUCUGAUGACGUUGAGACUGUGAAGAAAGGUUGUGGUAAAUCCUUUGCGCCAUUCCCUAAAGGAUGUUUCUUUACUUCAUCUGGAGGCUUGAGGAGCUAUGAGUAUCCGUUAAACGAGUUAAAACCUGUACCGAGAGUGGACAGCUCUGGUGAAAUGUGCGGUGUAACUUUCAAAGUUGACUCUGAGGCUAAGAAAGAAGGAGCAAUGCCUAGAGUCGGUAGUGUUCAGAAUUGGUCUCAGCAAAUC